GCGUGCUUGGUGUGUCCGCGUGAGUGUGCGAGCAGUGUGUCGGUGCGGAUCAGCGCGAGGAUGUCGGAGAAAGCGGAGAAAGCGGAGCGGAUCCUGCAGGACCCGAGACCCCUGUGGACCCCCAGCAGCAAACGGGUCACGCAGCUGGACGCGUUCCGCGCGCACUGCAACCGGCAGCACGGGGUCAACACCGCGAACUAUAACGAGCUGUAUCAGUGGUCAGUGGAGAAUCAUGCUGAGUUUUGGGCGGAGGUGUGGAAGUUCUGUGGAAUCACCUGCUCGAAGAUGUACGAUGAGGUGGUGGACGUGUCUAAGAAGAUCUCAGAUGUUCCUGAGUGGUUUAAAGGCAGCAGACUGAACUACGCUGAGAAUCUCCUCAAACACAAAGACCAGGACAAAGUCGCUCUGUACGCUGCAGCUGAAGGGAGGGAGGAGAUUGUUAAGGUGACGUUUGCAGAGCUGAGGCGGGACGUCGCUCUGUUCGCCGCCGCCAUGAGAAAAAUGGGCAUUAAAACUGGAGACAGAGUCGUAGGUUAUCUCCCGAACGGUGUUCAUGCGGUUGAGGCGAUGUUGGCGACGGCGAGCAUUGGCGCCAUCUGGAGCUCCACCUCUGUGGACUUCGGCGUUAAUGGAGUGUUAGACAGGUUUUCUCAGAUUCAGCCGAAGCUGAUAUUUUCGGUAGCGGCGGUGGUGUAUAACGGAAAGCAGCACGACCACAUGGACAAACUCACGAGGGUCGUCAAAGGUCUUCCUGAUCUGAAGAAGGUGGUCGUCAUUCCUUACGCUCGUUCCAGAGAGGAGACAGAUCUCUCCAAGAUCCCCAACAGUGUGUUUUUGGACGAGUUUCUGGCUCAGGGGAAGGAGGGUGAUCAGUUUCCUCAGUUGGAGUUUGAGCAGCUUCCGUUCUCUCACCCGCUCUUCAUCAUGUACUCGUCUGGCACCACCGGCGCCCCGAAGUGCAUGGUGCACUCCGCAGGGGGUACUCUCAUCCAACACCUCAAAGAGCACGUUCUCCACGGCAACAUGACCAGCAACGAUGUCAUCAUCUACUACACUACAACUGGGUGGAUGAUGUGGAACUGGCUGAUUUCCUCAUUGGCUGUUGGAGCUUCAGUGGUUCUGUAUGACGGUUCUCCUCUGGUUCCGACUCCAAAUGUUCUGUGGGAUCUGGUGGAUCAGCUCGGGAUCACUAUCUUCGGUACUGGAGCGAAGUGGCUGGCGGUUCUGGAGGAGAGAGACCUGAAGCCCGCUAACACUCACAGUCUGCAGAGUCUCCACACCAUCCUCUCCACCGGUUCUCCGCUCAAACCCCAGAGCUACGACUACGUCUACCGCUGCAUUAAAAACGACGUCCUCCUCGGCUCCAUCUCCGGUGGGACGGACAUCGUCUCGUGUUUUAUGGGUCAGAACUUCACGGUGCCGGUUUACCGGGGAGAGAUUCAGUCUCGGAACCUGGGCAUGGCUGUGGAGGCCUGGAGCUACGAGGGUAAGCCGGUGUGGGGGGAGAGUGGGGAGCUGGUGUGUUUGAAGCCGAUUCCCUGUCAGCCCACCCACUUCUGGAACGAUGAGAACGGCAGCAAAUACCACAAAGCUUACUUCUCCACCUACCCAGGUGUGUGGGCUCAUGGAGAUUACUGUAAGAUAAACCCGAGGACUGGAGGGAUUGUGAUGUUGGGGAGGAGUGACGGGACGCUGAAUCCUAACGGAGUUCGGUUUGGAAGUUCAGAGAUUUACAACAUCGUGGAGGCGUUUGAGGAGGUGUCGGACAGUGUGUGUGUGCCGCAGUAUAACUCUGAUGGGGAGGAGAGAGUGAUCCUGUUUGUGAAGAUGGUUCCGGGUCGGGAGUUCAGCGCCGAGCUGGUGGGAAAAAUCCGGACCUCCAUCAGAGCAGCUCUCUCCGCCCGACACGUCCCCGCCCUCAUCCUGCAGACUAGAGACAUACCGUACACCAUCAGUGGUAAGAAGGUGGAGGUGGCGGUGAAGCAGGUGAUCGCAGGUAAGGAGGUGACUCAGCGCGGCGCGUUCUCCAACCCCGACUCUCUGGACCUCUAUAAGAACAUCCCAGAACUCCAGGGCUUCUGAAGACCCGGCUGAACAUCUACAGAACCCUGCUGAGGUUCUGAUCACCUCUCCUCUCAGAACUCUGGACUGUCUGAUACCUGCUCAGGAGGGGUGGAGACUAGGAGAACCUUAAGAACCUUCAGAACAUCCAGAAAACCUCUAGGAGAACCAGAACCAGAACCAACCUGCUGAAGAACCUGCUCUCAGAACCCAUCUUUCCUGUAGCGUAGAGUUUACGACUUAUCUGUGGUGGAACACUGGAGAACAUCAUGCAUCAGAACGUAUCCAAAUGCUUUAGAACCCGUUAGAACCCAUUAGAAUCCAUUAGAACCCACCAGAACCUGUCAGAACCCACAAAAAAGGGAAACUAACUUUAACGUUAGAUCUGUUAAUUUCUUUGUUUCUUUUUCUAUAUUUCGUUUUCCAUUCUUUCCACAAUUAACAGUACUUAAGGCAAGGAGAUGGUCUGAGACGCACUUAAAACAGAUACAAAUUGAUCUCUUAAACCACUUCAGGAGAUGAGAUGUUCUGAGACACACUUUAAACAGAAAUCAGAUACAAAUACGAUCUCUCAAACCACUUCAGAAGAUGGUCUGAGACGAGUUUAAAAGAGCAACAAAUCCAAUCUCUUAAACUACUUUAGGAGGUGGUCUGAGACAAAUUUAAAAAAGAUACAAUCCCAUCACUCAAACCACUUUAGGAGAUGGUCUGAGACGAACUUAAAACAAAUACACAUCUGAUCUCUGAAACCACUUCAAGAGUUUUUCUGAGACACAUCUACAACAGAUACAAAUCCAGUCUCUCAAAACACUUCAAUAGAUGGUCUGAGACACACUUAAAACAGAUACAAAUCUAAUUUCUCAAACUACAACAAAUACAAAUCCUGUCUCUCAAACCACUUUAGAAGAUGGUCUGAGACGAACUUAAAACAAAUACACAUCCAAUCUCUCAAACCACUUCAAGAGUUUUUCUGAAACACACUUACAACGGAUACAAAUCUAAUCUCUCAAAUUGUUUCUGGAGAUGAUCUGAGACACAUUUAAAGAAGCUACAAAUCUACUCUCUCAAACUACUUCAGGAGAUGGUCUAAGACACAUUUAUUAGAACUACAAAUCUUAUCUCUCAAACUACUUUACGAGGUGGUCUGGGAUGCAUUUAAAGAAGCUACAAAUUGUAUCUCUCAAACUACUUCAGGAGACACACUUAAAACAAAUACAAAUCCAAUCUUUCAAAUCACAUUAGGAGUUGGUCUGAGACACACUUCCAACAGAUACAAAUCCAAUCUUUCAAACCACUUCAAUAGAUGGUCUGAGACACACUUAAAACAAAUACAAAUCCAAUCUUUCAAAUCACUUUAGAAUAUGGUCUGAGACACAUUUAAAACAGAUACCUAUCCAAUCUCUCAAACUACUUUACAAGAUGGCCUGAGAUGCAUUUAAAAUAGAUACAAAUCUGAUUACUCCAACCAUUUUCGGAGAUGGUCUGAAACUUACUUUUAAAACAGAUACAAAUCCAAUCUCUUAAACCACGUUAUUCAUUGUUCAUUAUUGUAUAAAGUAUUACCCUUUUUUCUUUCUUUUUUUCUUUUUUCUUUUUCUAUUUUUUUGUUUCUUUUAGUUUUUUUUGGCACCACUUUAAAAUAAGGCUUUUUUAAUAAAGGGUUUAUAAGUAGUUAAUUAAUUAUAGGUUAUUAAUUAGGUUGUUAAUACUUAAAUAACACAUAAAUAGAAAGGCAACAGUGGCCUGUCAUUUGGCAAAUAGUAAUCCCACGUUAAUUUAUACUGUUAAACCUCAGAUCUUUAGCGAUAUUAGCUAGCGGUUCGUCCCACGUAGCUUGUUUUAACAUGGUAAACAGUAGGGCUACAGUCUGAUAUAUACUGUCCUCUGAACGAAUUAGGAGCUAACUAGCGCUUAGCACAGUUAGCGGUUAAUGCUUAUGCUGCUCAAUCAGUGCUAGCCGGGGUUAGCAGCAACCUACAGUCCAAUAUGCUCGCCUCUGAACUAAUUAAGAGCUAACUAGCACUUAGCGCAGUUAGCGGUUAAUGCUAAUGCUGCUCCAGCAGUGCUAGCCAGGUAUUUAUGUGUUGUAACGUUAUAUUAAUGUUUUUUACAACCUAAUUAAUAACCAAUAAUCAGCUCCUUUACAAAGGAGUCUUAUUUAAAAGUGAAACCCUUUAUAUUUUUCUUUGCUUUUUUUAAAUUCUUUAAUUUUGUUUUAAUUUUAUUUUCACUACUACUGUAUGUUACCUCACUUAUAAAACGUGCAAAACAUGCAAAGGGACAUAGGUUUAUUUUUCUCCUCCCGCAGCUAGAGGGCGCUUUCCUGAUAAUCUAUUUAGAGGUAACAUAUAAAAGUUCGUAAGUAGAAUUAGUAUAGAAGUAUAUUUUGAGGCAGAUACGAGAGUUUAUAGUUCGCUUUUCCUUCUGGAGGUUUGGUUCAGUCUAGGAAUGUUUGUUUAACGAUGUUUAAACGUUUAAUUCCGCUAAAAUCAACAGAAUUGUUCGUAAAAUCUGAUUUUUUUUUAUUCCUGUUCAUAAACUUCGUACACAUCUCUUUCCUCGCUCGUAUAAAAAGUGGAAUAAAACCGUUUGAGCUGCAUCAUCACAUAAAAUAAACAGCUAAAAUAAAAUAGCACUUGACCAAACAACUAGCUUAAAUGGCUAACAAACGGAAAAUUAGCAUUAGCAUUAGCGUUUUUGUUUAAUGCAUGCUAAUUUAAGGAGGUUCCAGCUUGUUGUUGUUGUUUGUGUAAUUUAAACUAAACUUUUCCUUAAACUCUUCUAAAGAUCUGAUCGUAAUCUGAUAAGUCUGAUAAUCGAUAUAUAUCGUAGCCGCUAAUCUGUAGGUGUUACUGAAGAGGGUGUUGAUUUGAUUAGGCGAGCGUUUUUAAUCAGACCAGAUCAGAUCCGAUCAAUAAAGGGAACACCAGCUUCACCAAAUCUGAUAAAUCUGCCUUUGAAAAGGGAUUAGUUCUAAUUGAAUAGUUCACUUCCGUAUAAUAAUAAAAAUCCUAGAUCUGGUUCUUUGUUAGUUUAAAUGGUUCUAUUUCACUGGUUCUGUUACAGUGUGAAAGAAGCUUAUUGUUACUGAAUAGAACCAUAUUUACUCUACAGAUACAGCAGAUAUAGAUCAGACUGUAAAACACCAAAUCUCCGUUUACACCUGAUCACUUAAUGUGUUUUUAAAAAUCAGGAUUAUAUCAAGUGUAAAUGCAGCCAAGAUGCAUUCAAACAGAUUCAAAAUCGUUUUUCUCAAAUCACUUUAGAAGGUGGUCUAAGACAAACUUAAAACAGAUAUGUGUCUGAUUUCUCAAACCACUUCAGGAGUCUGUCUGAGACACACUUUAACAUAGAUUUCUGAUCUCUCAAAGUGUUUCAGGAGAUGGUCUGAGAUGCAUUUAAAACCGAUAUGAAUCUGAUUGCUAAAACCACUUCAGAAGUUGGUCUGAGACAAAUUUAGAAGGGAUACGAAUCCGAUCGCUCAAACAACUUGAGAAGAUGGUCUGAGAUGCAUUUACAACAGAUACAUAUCCAAUCCCUUAAACCACUUCAGAAGUUGGUCUGAGACAAGUUUAGAAGAGAUAUGAAUCCAAUCGCUCAAACCACUUGAGGAGAUGGUCUGAGACAAAUUUAAAACAGAUACGAAUCCGAUUUCUCGAAUCACUUCAGAAGUUGGUCUGAGACAAAUUUAAAACGGAUACGAAUCCGAUUUCUCGAACCACUUCAGAAGUUGGUCUGAGACAAAUUUAAAACAGAUACGAAUCCGAUUUCUCGAAUCACUUCAGAAGUUGGUCUGAGACAAAUUUAAAACGGAUACGAAUCCGAUUUCUCGAACCACUUCAGAAGUUGGUCUGAGACAAAUUUAAAACAGAUACGAAUCCGAUUGCUUGAAUCACUUCAGAAGUUGGUCUGGGACAAAUUUAAAACGGACGCGAAUCCGAUUUCUCGAACCACUUCAGAAGUUGGUCUGAGACAAAUUUAGAAGAGAUACGAAUCUGACCGCUCAAACCACUUUAGGAUAUGGUCUAAGAUGCAUUUAAAAUGGAUACAAAUCCGAUUACUCAAACUACUAUAGAAUUUGAUCUGAGAUUCAUUUAGAAGAGACUCAAAUCUGAUCACUCAAACCACUUUUGGAGUUUGUCUGAGACGCAUUUAAAAUGGAUACAAAUCCGAUUACUCAAACUACUUCAGAAGUCGGUCUGAGACAAAUUGUAUACAGAUAUGAAUCCAGUCUCUAAAACCACUUCAGAAAUUGGUGUGAGACGCACUCAAAACAGAUAAUUGUUGCGCUACGAGUGGAUUUUAUAUGCGUUUCUCUACACAGUAAUCAGAUUUCAGUCUGAUUAAGUAUUUACUAAUAAGUGUAAAUCCAUGUACAUGUGUAAAUGCAUUUUCCUUUAAUCAGACUGAAAUGUGAUUGCUUGUUUAUACAUAAUCAGCAGUUUAUAUAUCCGAUUAAUUCAGUUUUAAAUGAGGCUUGGGUGCGUUCACACUUACACCUAAUCCAUAUUCUGUAUAAUCCUGAUUUAAAUUAAGUGAACAGGUGUGAACAGAGUUUACAAAGUAUCCAGUUUGCUGAGAAUUACUGGUGUCUGAUUAAUACUGUGGGGAAAAAUGAAUUAUUUAAGGGAAAGUGUAACAGAUGUGUGAACCCAAAAAUGAAAUUAGAUUCGUGCUUAUUAUUUUUAUAUCGUCCAAAUCCAGACUUGUGGAAAACAUGAAUUCCCAUCUGAAUAUCGCGAACAUUCCUUGGAUUCCAUUAUGUUGAGUGGAAUAUUAUUUUGAUACAUAGAACCUUUACUGUACUCAUGUUUGUUCAUGAACGUAUACAGUAUAUAAAUUUAAAUAUAUAUAUAUAUAUAUAUAUAUAUAUAUACGGUUUUAGGAUCUGUAACCAGGUUGUAUUUAAACUGAUGUAAAUGUGUUGUGCUUUUAAACGGAGGCCGUUCUGGAUGGUGUAAACGUCUGUGUGAAUAUGUAUUGUAAUUUCUGCGUGUUGAAUGUGAAUUAUAUUAAAGAGCAUACAGCAUAUUUCUGAUCUAAUUGUGGGAUCAUUAAUGUGGAUUAUAUUAAUGUGGAUUAUAUUAAUGUGGACUGUAUGAACGUGGAUCUAGAUUCUGCUCAUUAGCUGAUAAUACUUGAAUUAAACGACUGUAAAUCUGG